AUGGCUUCAAAGGUCUCCUGUUUAUACGUUUUGACAGUCGUGUGCUGGGCCAGUGCUCUCUGGUACUUGAGUGUAACUCGCCCUACUUCUUCCUACACUGGCUCCAAGCCAUUCAGCCAUCUAACAGUGGCCAGGAAAAACUUCACCUUUGGCAACAUAAGAACUCGACCUAUAAACCCCCAUUCUUUUGAAUUUCUUAUAAAUGAGCCCAACAAAUGUGAGAAAAACAUUCCUUUCCUCGUUAUCCUCAUCAGCACCACCCAUAAAGAAUUCGAUGCCCGGCAGGCGAUCCGAGAGACCUGGGGGGAUGAGAACAACUUUAAAGGGAUCAAGAUAGCCACUCUCUUCCUCCUGGGCAAGAACGCUGAUCCCGUCCUCAAUCAGAUGGUGGAGCAAGAGAGCCAGAUCUUUCACGACAUUAUCGUGGAGGACUUCAUUGAUUCCUACCAUAACCUUACCCUCAAAACCUUAAUGGGGAUGAGGUGGGUGGCCACUUUUUGUUCCAAAGCCAAGUAUGUCAUGAAAACAGACAGCGACAUUUUUGUCAACAUGGACAACCUUAUUUAUAAACUACUAAAACCCUCCACCAAGCCAAGAAGAAGGUAUUUUACCGGCUAUGUCAUCAAUGGAGGGCCAAUCCGAGACGUCCGCAGUAAGUGGUAUAUGCCCAGGGAUUUGUACCCUGACAGUAACUACCCACCCUUCUGCUCGGGGACUGGCUAUAUCUUUUCAGCUGAUGUGGCUGAACUCAUUUACAAGACCUCACUCCACACCAGGCUGCUUCACCUGGAAGAUGUAUAUGUGGGACUGUGUCUUCGAAAGCUGGGCAUCCAUCCUUUCCAGAACAGUGGCUUCAAUCACUGGAAAAUGGCCUACAGUUUGUGUAGGUAUCGCCGAGUUAUCACCGUGCAUCAGAUCUCUCCAGAAGAAAUGCACAGAAUCUGGAAUGACAUGUCAAGCAAGAAACAUCUCAGAUGUUAG